CCAGUAGGUCAACCAGUGUGAAAGGUCGGGCGAUUCGUAAAUAAAAUUGGAGCGCGCUAAUUUGACUGGCAAACUUUACCACUGCGCAUCUGCCGAUUUUUACACAGCUUAGUAUAAAUAGCUUGGUUUGGAAAGUCCACGUUUCAAUUUGUUUGUAAAUAAGGAGACGAACGUUUCAAGAUAUCUACUAAUCAAGUAGCAUCCGCAUCCUUAAAGCAGGAUGUCAUUCGGAGCAGCUAUAAUUUCAGCGCUAAAGAAAAAGAAAUGGCGAAGUUCACAAUAUGACGUCAGAGAUCUGGGCUCAACAGACGUUACAUGCCUAUCACUCACAGACCUUUCCAAAUUGCCCGUCCGGGGCAGAAACACGUUCGUAUCCAGCAAGUCGGAAGAUAAUUUACUGGACGCAAAACUUUACCUGAAAGCAAGAGACUCGAACUUAAAACGAAAAGAAACAUGGAAGAGAACAUCAUUAAAUCUCUCUAUUGACCCAGACGACUGGAAGAAUACGUCGUUAACGUUGUCCAACGCAGAUUCUGCGAUUUCGCUUUCCUUUCGAGAUUCCGUGAAAAGUAGCAGACGACCAGUGUCUUGUUACGUAGAUUAUACGUCAUCACGCGAGUUUCUCUCUGUCACCGAGGAAGCGGACGAAUCUUGCAACAAAGACUUUGGGUAUGACUCGAUGAACGCAAGCUCCGAUUCAGUUCUGAGUUUGGUGAGGACAUCCAGCAUUCACGACAAAUCCAGAAAAAUCAUGAUCAAAAGGCGCCAGUUUGUUAAAAAGCGAUCACGGGACAGCCAAGUUUUUAGUGAUGACGAAAACGCCGAUCUUAAGUACUCUAAAUCGAACGGCCGAUCUACAGAAAAUAUUGUGUUAUCAGAAUCAAAAGAAAUCUCGCAUAGACUGGUUCACAGAGAAACCACACCAAGGAGGAAUAGGGACGAAAAAUGUCGAUCAGUUCAAUUUGAGGACGAUGUCGAAGAGGAGAGUUUCGUGAAACAGCAACUCAGUAAAUCUGUGUCCACGCUAACUCUGUGCAGAAAUAACAGCGUGCAGCUGAAGUCCUGGCAAAUCCGGAGACAGCGCCGAGCGAUGCUCAACAAGCACAGGCGAGCUAUCCGGCAGCUGGAGAGCAUUAAGUACGAGGAAAGACUGGUGUAAGACAGAUACUGAAAUGGACCUAGUACUCGAGUUCCUGAAUUGUAAAUUUUUGUACAUACUUGCUGAAUGUUAUUUAUACUUUUCAUUACUCAGAUAAAACUUAUACAGGUGUACCUAACAAAUACUCUAUUAUAUUCCGUAACAUAUUUAUUGUAUUUUGUUUUUGAAACACGUGUAUAUAUUUGGUGAUAUAUUAUAUACAUGAAAUAUACAAUAAAUUGAAAAACCUCU